AUGAUCAUGUGCCCUCGGAGCUCGUCCUUCGACGGGGCCGUCUCAGUCUCUUACCGCCCAUCCGUCCCACACCCACCUAUUUCGCCGUCCGGAGUCGAGUCGCCGUCGCGGCUAGGCCAGAGCCGUUUGGACGACGUGGGGAUGCGCUCGCUGGAGAGCAAGCUUGAGCUGCUCCACGCGCAGCGAGAGCUGAGCGCCCUUCGCUGCCAGACGUUCAUCGACCAGCUCGAAUCCGCCUUCCAAUCCCAACCUCCCACUCAAGCCGACCGACUCGCACGCCGCCCUCCUUCCGUGCGGGCGCGUCGCGCGUCGCUCGAUCUGUCGAGGGCGGAGAGCGCGCAGUUGGCGCAGGAGUUGCGGUUCUACGAUGAGCCGGCGAGGUUCGCCCGCUCGCACUCCCACAGCGCCAGUGCCAGUCCAGCCGCCGCAGUGCCGCGUCCGCGAUUCCCGCGCUCCAAGUCGCAUCGCGGGCCCAGCCGAGGCUCCUCCCCCAGCCCGGCCGCUUUCGUCCGCCGCCACUCCAGCCCUGGUGUCGCCCGCCACUCCCCCAGUUUGUCGUUCUCAUCAGCUGGGACGAACGGGCCGGAAGGCCCGCGGACAGUGCGUGACGCUCCAGCUGCACUCAAGACGAGUUCACCUGGAGCUGCGGGCAGGGUUGGGGCGUCGUGUACCUGCGCGUUGGAGUUGGACAUUGAAGCUACGGAAGCCGCGGUGCAGCACCUCGCUGGCGCCACCGUGCUGGUGGCGGGACGGAAAGAGAGCAUCCGCGCCCACAACCUGGGCCAAACCGCGCAGCACUUAUCCCAGAAAUAA